AUGACCACCCUGGGCUGGCUCCAUGUUGUCAUCCCUGUCCAUCACCAGGUGUCUGUUGGCCACGCUCCAGACAUCACCACGGCCCCGCCCUGCGUCCAGUCUACUGGAAUGAUGUCAUUUCCUGUCUUUCAUUUUCAUGAAUUACAGUGGACCUGGGAGUUUGAAGGUGCAUGUGGGACCUCGGUGUGGCAGAGGCGGGAGGGAGGCAUGGUCCAUGAGUUUGGAGAGGCUGGGCAAGGCGCGGUCUUCCCGCUCUGGAAAAUUUGCAGCAGGGCAGAGUGUAAACCGUCUAUGUGCUCCGGGCGGGGAGAGUGGCCUCCUUGCACGACCCUCCUGUGGGAUCAUAAGCCAAGCCUGGCCGCCAUGGAUCUCUGGGCUGUGCACCCAGUCCUCGCUUCUGCGUGUGAGCUGCUGAGACAGGAUACUGUGACAUUUGAUGAUUUGUAUGUGAACUUCACCGAGGAAGAGUGGAAUUUGCUGGAUCCUUCCCAGAAGAGUCUCUACAAAAAUGUGAUGGAGGAAACCUACCUGAACCUCAAAGCUAUCGGCUAUAAUUGGGAAGAGCAUCAUCUUGAAGAACAUUAUCGAAAUAAUAGAAGUCAUGAAAGGCAUGUAAGAAGAUAUACUGGAGUGAAACCCUAUGAGUGUAAUAUAUGUGGUAAAGCCUUUACAAGAUGCAGAAAUCUCCAAUAUCAUAAAACAACACAUACUGGAGAAAAACCUCAUGAAUGUAAUCAAUGUGGUAAAGCCUUUGCAAGACCCAGUGAUCUCCAAAGACAUAAAAUGAUACAUACAGGACAGAAACCUUAUGAAUGCGAUCAAUGUGGUAAAGCCUUUGCACAGCGCAGUAAUUUUCAAUAUCAUAAAAGAACACAUACUGGAGAGAAUCCUUAUGUAUGCAAUCAAUGUGGGAAAGCCUUUGCAUGUCACAGUACUUUCAAAUACCAUGAAAGAACACAUACUGGAGAGAAUCCUUAUGUAUGCAGUCAAUGUGGUAAAGCUUUUACAAGACCCAGUCAUCUCCAGUAUCAUAAAAGAACACAUACUGGAGAGAAACCUUAUGAAUGUAAUCAAUGUGGUAAAGCCUUUGCACAGCACAGUCAUCUCCAAUAUCAUAAAAUAACACAUACUGGAGAGAAACCUUAUGAAUGUAAUCAAUGUGAUAAAGGCUUUGCAUAUCACAGUGAUCUCCAAAGACAUAAAAGAACACACAUGGGAGGGAAGCCUUAUGAGUGCAAUCAAUGUGGUAAAGCCUUUGCACAGCACAGUUAUCUCCAAAUUCAUAAAAGAACACAUACUGGAGAGAAACCUUAUGAAUGUAAUCAAUGUCGUAAAGCCUUUGCAACACCCAUUUAUCUCCAAAGACAUAAAAUGACACAUACUGGAGAGAAACCUUAUGAAUGUAAUCAAUGUGGUAAAGCCUUUACAUGGCACAGUGAUCUCCAAAGACAUAAAAGAACACAUACUGGAGAGAAACCUUAUGAAUGUAAUCAAUGUGGUAAAGCCUUUGCACAGCGCAGUCAUCUCCAAUAUCAUAAAAGAACACAUACUGGAGAGAAACCUUAUGAAUGUAAUCAAUGUGGUAAAGCCUUUGCAAGACCCAGUCAUCUCCAAUAUCAUAAAAGAACACAUACUGGAGAGAAACCUUAUGAAUGUAACCAAUGUGGUAAAGCCUUUGCAAGACCCAGUCAUCUCCAAUAUCAUAAAAGAACACAUACUGGAGAGAAACCUUAUGAAUGUAAUCAAUGUGGUAAAGCCUUUACCAGACCCAGUCAUCUCCAGUAUCAUAAAAGAACACACACCGUACAGAAAACUUAUUAAUAUAAUCAAUGUGGUAAAGUGUUUUCACCUGGGAUAAGUCUCCAAAUUCUGUGUGCUGGAGA